AUGCAGGCACAUGCUUUGCGAAACGAGGGCACUGAGCUUCACACACCAUUGAAGGGAUCCACACUGGCCGCAGUUUUGGCAGAGCAGCUGUCAACGGGUUCUUCUGAAGGAAGAAGAGAGGAUCUAUUGUUCAUCUUUGCAGCUCUGCAGACUGCUGUGAAGAAGAUUGCGCAUCUGUUGAGCCGUGCGGGCAUCGAGGACCUUUUUGGAGAGGCCACAGCGGCUGCUGGAUCCGCCGAAAGGGACAAAGCGAAAAAGUUGGAUGUGGUUGCAAAUGAGGUGUUGAAGCUGGCGUUGGAGGGCACGGGCAGGGUGAGUCUGAUGGCAUCAGAAGAGGACGACGAGCCAGUCAGCGUCCAGUCAGCAUGCGACAGGGACGGGAGCAGCUAUGUGGCUGUCUUUGACCCGCUGGAUGGCUCACGCAACAUCGACGCCAGCAUUCCGACCGGGACAAUCUUUGGGCUCUACCCUGCUGCCACACGCGGCGACCCCACCGACGCUCUGCAGCGGGGGACGCAGCAGAUUGCGGCCGCGUAUGCGCUGUACUCAUCUGCUACCAUGCUGGUGGUUUCCUGGGGCAGUGGAGUGCACGGCUUCACUCUUGACACCACGCUCGGCGAAUUUGUGCUGACUCACCCACACAUCCGCAUCCCCCAAAGAGGCGCGCUGAUGCUCUGCCUCAAUCUCUCCUUCAUAUACUCAGUGAAUGAUGCGCGCUACUUUGACUGGCCUGAGGGGCUGAGGCGCUAUAUUGAUGACAUCCGGCAAGGCAAGGGCCAGAACCCGAAGCAGUACUCUGCCCGAUACAUCUGCUCCCUAGUUGCUGACUUCCACAGGACGCUGCUGUAUGGGGGAGUUGCCAUGAACCCUCGCUCACACCUGCGGCUCGUCUAUGAAGCCAACCCCCUGGGCUUUCUGGCAGAACAGGCUGGCGGGAGGGCGUCUGAUGGCAAGCGGCGCAUUCUGGACAUCCAGCCAGAGAAGCUGCACCAGAGGCUGCCCCUGUUUCUGGGGAGCCCAGAUGACAUAGCAGAGCUGGAAACUUAUGAGGACGUCCAACAGAUACACAACCCUGGCUACACUGUGUGA